AUGAACAAAGAAGAUGACCCCAAUAGCGGAGACUUCUCGCUAUGCGAUGAGGCAGAAGAAAUUUUGUCAAAUGCAAUUGGCUUCUUCAACAUCGAGGGUGGAGUGAAGGAAGAUUUGAUAAGCACCAUUAGAAAGGAUGAAGAGGAAGUGAAACUUUUGAACGAUUUUACACAGAAUGAUGAAGAAUGUUUAUUUGUGUUUAACGAAAAGGAGGCAAUAAAGAUUUAUGGAUCUAUUUUAGAUCUUUAUAAAAAGAGAAAGAAUGAGAAAUAUUUGAUAAUUUAUAAAACACGUCAGAAUAAAAUUCUUUUUUUAGAAAUGAACAAUGAUGCAGAAAAUGUGAUUAGAAGAUUUUUAGAAAUUUUUUUUUCGAAUUUUAUGAACAAAAAUGAUUACAUAAAUUCUUCUUCUCUAUUAAAAGAAAUGAAAAAAAAGUUUAACAAUUUUUUACUUAAUUUAAGAAUAAUAUAUGGAGAGUUAGAAGAAAAAUUGAUUCUGCCAUAUUUUCCAUCUGAUGAGAUAGAAGAAGAUAUAAAUAAUGUAGAAGAGUAUUUAAUACAUUUUAUCAAAUGCUAUCAUGUAAUUUUACGAAAUUUUAUGAAUUAUAAAAAAAAAAAUUACGAAAAUUGUAAUGAAUUUUUGAAUUGUUUAAAAAAUAAGAAUGAAGAUAUCAAUUUUUUACAUAACGAAAUAGACAAGGAAAAUUUUAAAAAAAUCAUAAAUAUAAUAUUGGAAAAAAAGAAAAACUCAAGUUAUAAAAAUAUUAUUGAAAAUAUAAAAAAGGAAAUUGUUCAGCAUAAAUUAGAAGUCUUUGAUUUGUAUACUCAUCUAAAACCUGUUAUUCAUUUUUUACAAAAGUUGGAAAAUAGUAAGGAGGAUAUAGAAAAUAAAAAUUGUUACAUUGCUCCCAUAGUUCAUUCCUUGUCCAUGUCGAUAGAGAGAUCAGAUUAUUUGAUUCACAAUUGUAAAUUUGUGUUUGAUUUUUUAUCAAGGGUACUAAUCAAUUCGUGCAAUCAGAACAUAAAUACACCAGAAAUUAUCAACUCUAUAUACAACUGCGUCGAUGUUCUGAAAAGUAAGCUAUAUGAAACUCUCAACUUUAUCUUGAACUUUUUGUAUCUAUUUAAGAUGUAUAAGGAGAAAAAUAAAAAAUUCCAUUUGCUCAGAGAGCAGAAUCUGUUCAUGGGAAAUGCGUUUCCUCAGACCCACGACAUGGAUGGGAUCAGCCCUGCUGCACAGCGAUCUAGUGAGGAGGACCCUCCCAGUGAAGAUCGUCCCAUGGCUUGUCCAAGUGACGAGAUCGAACAAGAGUGCACAUACUUCCCAUGUGUGAGUCUGUAUGUAUACAAAUUGAGGUUACUAAUAGAGUAUUUGAAAAUAUUUCAAACAUACAUGAAAUUGGAAAAAAUUGAAAUUCCUGGAGAAAAGGGGAAAAAGCUGACCGAAGAAAUAUAUAGCAUAUUUCGUGAAUUUAACAUAAUUAAUGAAAACUUCUUAGACAUGAAUCAUGAAAUUUUAAGUGAAAAAGAAAAUAUGUUUAUAAAUAAGUAUAACCAUUUUGAGGGAAAAGUGAAAGAGUUGAACAAGCGAUUGAUAUGCAUUUUUGUUCAUUCAUUUGAUAAAGAUUUGAAAAAAAACAUUAAACUACUAAAUUCGUUUUUAAUUUUGAGAGAUAUUCGCUCUAUUGAGGUUGAACUAAUCAGACACACGUCCUUGCUGUGUGAAGAUCUGAAGAAAGAGUUCAUUUUAGUAGACAAUUUGUUCAUAAAAAAUAUGACUAUUGUAAGUAACAACAAAAAGGUUUUUCUAGAAAAUAAUUUCAAACAUAAUGAAGAAUCGACCAAGCUUAAAGAAUCAUUAUCUGUCAACCUAAUGGAUACAAAGAAUACAUCCGUAGGAGAGACUCUACAAGAGAACAUAAAUAACCUGCACAUCAACAAGAACUCACCAUUGUUUUGCGAAAUUGUAAACUUGUUUACUUCCUUGCUGAAACGAAUCGAGCAGCAAUAUUUUCCACUAAGAAAAAUAAUAAAAGUUUUAAAUUUUAAAGAUGAGAAAACAGAAGAAAUAAAUACACUAUAUCGAAUUAUAACAGAUAAGAUAAGUCAAUACAUAUCUGAUAUGAGCAGAGAAUGGUUUAGUGAGACGAUAGAUGUUGUGAAUAAUUUUUUAAAUGAACAUAUAUUCAGAAAAAAGGGAGAAAUGUUUUACGUGAACUUUCAUCCAUACAUAUUUAUGUUCAUAAAUAAUAUAAAAAAUCUUUAUUUAAAUAAUUUAACAGUUAAUGCAGAAUGUCUAAAAAUUUACAGCAAAGCUAAUAGGUUUAAAGAGCUCAUUUAUAUACUUAAUAACACAGUUAAGAAGUACAAUACCAUUAUUAGUAAAACAUUAAAUGUUCAGAAGGAUUUGUUUUUAGAUAAAUUGUGUAAUGUAAAGAAUACUCUCCUUCGAGGAAUGAAAGAAUUAAGAUGGACAGAGGAAAAUAUUUAUAAAUACAUACAAACGUUAGAUAAAGAUAUGAGUGAUAUAUACAAUAAUAUUUCAGCAGUUCAUAAUAAUAUGAUUUCUAUUUUAAAUUUAACAAAUGGAUGGAUGAAAAAAGGAAUUAUUGAAAGGAGAAAAAAGCAUGAAGAUAUUUAUAACUAUUUAAACAGCUAUAAGAAUAAUAUGGCUUUACUCAAAGGAAAACUAAUGGAAGACUUUAAAAAUAUUCAUAUGAAUAUAAAACAAACAUAUGAUUUAUUGAAAAUAAAAAAGAACAACCUCAUGUGGAAAAAUUAUAUAAAGUUUUUAAAUAACAUACUCAUUGAUAAGCUCAUUGAAUUGAUCAACUUUUUAUUUUCCAAUCUUUUUGAUAUUAUGAGAGGUGAAGAAGGGGAAGAAGUAGAUGAAGAAGUAGAUGAUGAAGAAGGCGCAGGAGGAGGAGGGAAAAAAACAAAAAACAGAAAGCACCCUCUUUUUGUAAUAAAAAUUAAUUUUGUAGAUAAUAAAUUAAAUCUAGACUUAAAAUUAAAAAGUAAAAAAUCUUUAUGCAUAACAAGCAUAUUUUACAAUUGGAUAUCUGAUUUUAUGAAUCUAUGUUCAGGUAUAAGAAGAAUAGAUAUAAAAGGUGGAGAUUACAUGAAUGAAAUUCUGUUAAGUUUAAAAAUUAAUAGGAGCAAAAAUUGUAUUGAAAAUUAUUUUGAGAAAACCAUUGACAAGUGCUACGAUUAUUUGGAGAGUUUAAAAAAAUAUGAACACACAUGGAAAAAAGACAUUAAAAAAGAUUUUCUCCAAUUUAAGCAAAAAAAUGAAAUACCUCUCUAUCCAAACUAUUUUGAAUAUAACAAUAAUUUCCAGGACUCUUUAAAACUUAUCAACAUAAAUAUUACGCAUCUAUUUCCAAACGUUUUUGCUUAUAAAAAAUUAAUAUUAUCGUUAAGAAGCGAAUUGAACAGCUUUUAUCAUUUGAAAAGUUAUGAAUCUAUCAAUUUUGUGGCUUUCCAUUCAGAAAAAUUUGUGGAAAAACUCAUUAAUUUUGCAAAGAAGGGUAUAUCUUUGUAUACUGAAUAUUUACAAAAUUUUGUCAAGGAUGUAAUACACUCUGUGAAUUCCUUUUAUGAAUUGAUUUUAACCAAUCUGAGAGAUGUAGGUGUAUGUGAAUUUUUGCAAACUAAAAAGAAAGGAACUACUGCUAACAGUAACAGUAUCAUCAUCCAGAAUGGGGGUGUAGUAGAUGUCAGUCCAAAUUGGGAGUCUUCUUCUAUUAAUGGAGAAGUAAUUACACAUUCAGAGGGUCCAACAACACCUAGCAUAUUGAAAAAAAAGAAAGAUUCGUUUUACAACUUGAUGAGAAGUUUGAGAAGCGUGAAACUAAGCAGAAAAAUAAUCCCUUUGAUUUUUCAGAAGAUAAAAGAAAUAAUAGAAAAUUUAAAAGAAUUAGAUAUAACCAUAAAAUAUAACGACAUUUUAGAAAACAUUGAAAGGAAUAAAGAAAAGGUUGAGAUACAGUACAAUGAAAUAAAGGAAAAAAUUAUAAAAUAUAAAAAUGAUGAAAUUAAAAAUAUCAAAGUAGAGAUAAAAUUAUUCAAAGAAGAGUUAAAAGAGUUAAAAAAUAAUAUACUUCAAAAUAUACCAAGUGAACCAAAAGAUAUUUAUGCAAAUCCAUAUGAAAAAAUUAAUGAAUAUAGAAAAAGCUAUCAGAUAUAUAAAGAUAAACAGAAAUAUCACAACGAGUUAGAAAUUCUUUUCGAAUUAGAUAUUACCAUAUUUGAUGAACUAAAUGAAUUGGACACAAAAUUGAAGGAUUUAAAAAAUCUUUGGGAUGUCAUUAACAGUAUUGUUUUUUUUAUGGAUCAGGAAAAAAAGAAAAUGUGGAGAGACAUAGAUGUCAACAGUAAUAUUUACAUAAUCGAUUUUAUUUUAUUAUACAUGAGAAAAUACUUUUUUGACUUAAAAAAUUUACCUGUCUAUGAAUACAUAGUUAAGGAAUUGAAAAAGUUGUUUUCUAUUUUACCCCUCCUCGUGGAUCUUAACAAUGAUUGUAUUUUUGAUAGACAUUGGAACAUUAUCAUAAAUGCUUCUGGAAACUUGAACAAUUUAUCUUAUCGUAUGGAGGGAGUCUCUAGCUCUAUUGGCACAUCUACCUUUGCCGUUACAAGCUCUCCCAGUUUGGAGGCACCUGAGCAGAUGCAUGCACCUGAACUCAUGUCGGAUCUCCUCCCUCUCGAGGGAAGGCAACAAACGCAGAUCCCAUCACAGAUCUCGUCACAGAAUAAGAACUUCCAAAUAAAAUAUAAAGAGCUAACACUGCAGGGGUUCUUCGAUCUGAAGUUGUACAAACAUGUAGAUGCGGUGCACGACGUGAUAGAGCAAGCGAAGAAGGAGAAAAAAAUAGAAAACAAAAUAAAAGAAAUUAACUCAAUAUGGAAAAAAAUGAACUUUGAAUUUCUAAAAAAGAAAACAUACAUCCAAAUAACAAACAUGGACAUUAUUUUAGAAAUUGUGGAUGUACACACAUCUGAAAUAUUGUUUUUUAUAAAUCAGAAAAAGUAUAUACUCUUUAUACAAGAAACGAUUUUAAACACGCAGGAAAAUUUAAAAAAAAUAGAUGAAGUAAUUAACAUAUGGAGGAAAUUUCUAAGCAAAUUUGAGAGAUUACAACCAAUUUAUUUGAAUUCAGAAGAUAUUCAUUCACAAUUGCCACAAGAAAGUAAAAUGUUUUUCAGCAUUGAAUAUGAAUACAAGGAAAUUAUACAAAGUGCAUAUGAACAAAAAAAUGUUCUACAAAUUUGUCUGAAUGAAGAUUUAUUUUAUAUGUUGAGCAAGUUUUUUAAAAAUAUAGAAUUGUGUGAAAAGGCUUUGAAUGAUUACUUGGAUCAGAAAAAGAAAACCUUCCCUCGAUUUUACUUCUUAUCGAAUAUUGCUUUGUUAGACAUCCUGAGUAAUGGAAAAAACCCAUUGAAAAUUUUACCAUAUGUAAAUGAUGUCUUUAACGCAAUCAAGACUAUCGAAUUUGAAGUCAAGAGUGUGCAGGAGUCCAAGUCGGGGCUAAUGAACGGCGAGGGUGGUGGAAGUAAAGAAAACGAAAAAGAUGUGACAUCAGGAAAUGGAGCAAUAGAAUACACUGCGAAAGGAGUGUAUAGUAUAGAAAAUGAACAUUUGCAUUUUCCUACUGAGCUGUUGCUGAAGGGUAAUGUGGAAUACUACUUAAAAGAUUUAGAAAAUCAUCUUAAAGUAACUAUUAGGAAUAUUUUAGAAAAUGCAAAAAUAUGUUCUGAAAAUUUAGAUGAACAGAACAGAGAUGAGACGAUGAUAAAUAAUUUCAUAAGUCAAGUUGUAUGCACGUGCAAUCAGAUUGUAGUUACAGAAGAAAUAAAUAAAUGUUUUGAUGAGUUAGAAAAUGGAAAUGAAGCAGCUUUUGUAGAUUAUAAGAAAGUACUAAUAGAAAGAAUAAAUAAAUUGAUAAAGUUAGUAGAAAAGGCGAAAGAUUAUAAUAUAAGAACUAAAUUAUUGUCUCUAAUAAUUUUAGAUGUGCAUACAAGAGAUGUAAUAAUCUCCUUUAUAAAAAAGAAAAUAUCAGAUGGAACAUGCUUCGAUUGGCAAGCACAAUUAAAGUACUAUUGGGUUUAUGAUAAAAAGAUGAAUAAUUAUACAUGUGAAAUUAAAUUAUGUGAUUUUAAAACGAAAUAUUUAUAUGAAUACAUUGGAAAUUCUGGAAAAUUAGUUAUAACCCCAUUGACGGACAAAUGUUAUAUUACUCUUACGCAAGCAUUAAAUUUAACCUUAGGAGGAGCCCCUGCUGGUCCUGCAGGUACUGGAAAAACAGAAACAACAAAAGAUUUGUCAAAAGCCAUUGGAAUAGCAAUAUUUAUAUUUAAUUGUAGCAAUCAGAUGAACUAUUUUAACAUGUCACAAAUAUGUAUUGGUUUAUCUCAAACGGGUGCAUGGGGUUGUUUCGAUGAAUUCAAUCGGAUUAGUAUAGAAGUAUUGUCAGUGGUUAGCACACAAAUUAAAUGUAUAUUUGAUGCUAUAAAGGAAAAAAAGAAUGUAUUUCAUUUUAUUGAUGAUGAAAUUGUUUUGAAGAGAACAUGUGGAUUUUUCAUAACUAUGAAUCCUGGAUAUGCAGGAAGAACAGAGUUACCAGAAAAUUUAAAAAAUUUAUUUAGAUCUUGUUCAAUGAUAGUUCCAGAUAUCAAAUUUAUAUGUGAAAAUAUGUUAAUGUCUUUUGGAUUUAUAAAAGCUAAUAAAUUAUCGUACAAAUUUGUUGAGUUAUACCAGUUGUGUAAAGAAUUGUUACAGAAGAAUAUUCACUAUGAUUGGGGACUUCGAGCUGUUAAGGUUGUCCUAAUCCAAGCAGGGAAUUUAAAAAGGAAAUAUACCAAUUUUGAUGAAGAAGUUAUUUUAAUGAAAGCAUUAAAAGAUUUCAAUAUUCCAAAAAUUACACAUGAAGAUAUCCCAAUUUUUUUAGGAUUAGUUAAUGAUCUUUUUCCCAAUGUUCACUGUGAUGAUAUAUUUAACGAGGAAUCAUCAUUUGUUCAGAAAAACCAUUCAGAAAAUUUUGAAAAAAAAGGAACAGUUUCUACACCAUCUCUUCUUCAGGUAGAGCCUUCUACUACAUCUCCAGUGCAGUUAGAUGGAAAAGAAAUAUCACAUUCAUCUGAGACAUCUUUUGAAAAAAAGCACGUCAUAAGUUUCGAUGAAGCUGUAAAGAUCAGUCUUAAAGAUGCAAAUCUUCAAAUGGAUGAAAAUUUUAUAUUGAAAGUAAAACAAUUGAAAGAUUUAAUGGAUGUAAGACAUUGUGUUUUCAUCUUGGGAGAAGAUGGAUGUGGAAAAUCUAGUGUAAUUAAAAUUUUAAUUAACAGCUUAAAUAACAUUGAAGAAAAAACCAUGUACGAAGUUAUUAACCCUAAAUCUAUAGAGUCUUACGAAUUGUAUGGAUAUUUAAAUAAAAAUAAUGAAUGGAUUGAUGGGGCCUUAUCUUCUAUUAUGAGAAAAAUGUCUAGAAAUAUUUUUCCAUAUAGCGAAAAUGUUAAGCAUAAAAUAUUGUUACUUGAUGGAAAUAUAGAUGCAGAGUGGAUCGAAAGUAUGAACACAGUUAUGGAUGAUAAUAAAGUCUUAACUUUGGUGAGUAAUGAAAGAAUACCAUUUACAAAAGAAAUGCAUCUUUUCUUUGAAGUAACAAAUAUGAAAUAUGCUUCUCCUGCAACAGUCAGUAGAGGUGGAGUUUUAUAUAUAAAUAAAGGGGAUAUAAGUUACAAAUUAUUCUUAAGUUCAUGGAUUAAUUUAUUAAAAAAUAGCAUUGCUAAGACUGAAUUUUACUACCUCUUUAACAUUUUUUAUGCACAAAACAUUGAAUUGUUGAGGAAACAGUGUAAAUUCGCCUUUGAUCUGUCCAAUCUAGAUAUUGUAAAAUCAAUUUGUAAUUAUAUUGAUUACUUUCUCACGAAAUAUGAAAAGUACAUUAACGAAGUAAUAAGGAACAUAGAGAAUCGACAUGGGGAACAGGAGGAGACUAAUUUUAACUCAUCCCAGGAUAUAGAACACGUCAGAGCAAAUGAAACAGACACGAAUGUAGCUAUAACUACAGGUGCAAAGAUGGAAACGGAGCUAACUGUGCAGAAAAGUGCCCAUAUAAAUGAAGACGAUAAUUUUGCACCAAAUGAAGAGGCCAGUAGUCAUAUAUUGGGUUCAAAAAGAGGGGAGACAGAUAAAAAAAUGACCACAUCUGCUAUUGCCACCAUCUCUUCUGCCACUGCUGCACCAAAGAAGAAAGGAAAAACUCAAAUGGCUGACAAUUUGCAGAACUGUGAAGAGAAAAAUGUUCUUAAUAAAAUAAACUACAACUAUGAAAUAUUGAAGGACUAUUACAACUGCUUCUUUAUGAACGCCUAUAUGUGGGUAUUAAACAAUUUAAUAGUAGAUGACAAAAUCAUGAAUGCCAGAAACACGUUUAGCAACAAUAUAAAAAGCAACGUGAAGGUUAAGAUGGGAAAUGACUACUGCUGCAAUUAUAUUUAUAACAUUUAUGAAAAUGAGUGGAAACACUUGAGUGAAUACUUGGACGAUGAUAUUUUGUUUUUGCAGAAGUUGCGAUGGAAUUUUGGAACUUCUCACUGUGGGGAAGUGGAAGAAAUGGGAGAAGUUGAAGAAGGGGAAGAAAUGGAAGAAGUAGACGAGGUGGCAGAAGUGGGCGAAGUAGACGAGAUGGAAGAAAUGGACGAAGUGGACGAGGCGAAGCAGUUGAAGAAAACCAAGGGAAGGAAAAAAAAGAAAAAAAAACAUACAAAAAAAGCAGAAAACAACUACAUCGAAAACAUGCUGCCACAGAACUACGACGAGAUAUACAUUAACACAAUUGAACUGAUAAGAAUUGAGAAAAUGAUAAAAUAUUCUCUAGAGCAGAAUCAGCCAAUACUAGUUUAUGGAAAUAGCGGGACAGGGAAAUCAAAGUGCAUAAAGAACAACAUAAAUAUGAAUAUAGAAAAAUUCACACACACGAUCAUAAGCAUUAACUAUUAUACAAAUUCAUUCAUCUUACAAAAAAUAAUUGAGAAUAAUGUAGAAAAGAGGAAUACAAGAACAUAUGGGCCUCCAAAUCAGAAGAAGCACAUUUUUUUUCUGGAAGAUUUAAAUGUAACUGCUAAAGAUAAUUGUGAUACACAACAGACUUUGGAAUUUUUAAGACAAUUAUUAACAUACAAACUGAUAUACGAUAGAGAAAAUUUGGAUGAAAAAAAAUUUAUUCACGAUAUUUUAUUCAUAGGAACUGUAAAUAAUAAUUUAAACAAAUUUAUAGAUAAAAGAAUUCAAAAUAAAUUUCAUAUAAUAAAUAUCGACGAUAUAAGUAUGAAGAAUUUUGAAAAUGUAUAUAAAAUAAUAUUAAAACAGCACCUGCUAAAAUUUGACGAUACUGUUAAAGGUCUUUUAAAUAAUAUUAUUUCUUUUUCUUACGAUUUGUAUAGCACUAUUACAGAAAAUAUAUCGUUCAAUUUGUCCAAUUCUGCACCACAUUACUUAUUCAAUUUAAAUGAUAUUCACAUUGCAUUUUAUAACAUAAUCAAAUGCACUAAUCCUGAUUUGUAUAAUGGAAGCACAUUCAAAUUCUUGAUGAUUUUCUUCCACGAGAUGCAGCACUCUUAUAUAAACAAGUUGAUAUCCAAUGAGCAUAUUGAAAUUUUCACGAAAAUUUUUAAUCAACUUGUGCAGAAAUACUUUCCCUUCAUUCUGGAGGAUUUUCAGAGACAUACGGUUACCUUCGAUGGAGACACGGUUCAGAAUUAUACCAAUUCGUGCAGUAACGCUGAGAGUGCUGCUGCUAUUGGAAGUGGUAGAAGUGGUGGAAAUGGUGGGAGUGCUUCUGAUGAGUGCAUUGCACAGAAGGAAUUGCCAAUUUAUGAUUUUCGGAAAAAUAUAUUUACUUCGUUCAUAUCGGUGCGAAACGGAUUGGAUAAGAUGUACUUGAAUGUGAAGAAGUUUUACGUGCUAAAGGAAGUGUUGACAGAAAAAUUAAAUGAGUAUAACUGUACCCAUGUUGAACUGCCGCUAGUUCUGUUUGAUUAUGCAGUGGUGCAGAUAUGCAAGAUAUGUCGGAUCCUAGAUUUUGACAUUUCGCAUCUGAUGCUAAUCGGUUUUGGAGGAUCAGGAAAGCAGUCACUCAUAAAAUUGAGUAUUUUUAUUAAUUCUUUAAAUUUGCUACAGAUAUCUACAAAUAACAGUUAUGAUUUAAGUAAUUUCAAAUCAGAUAUGCAAGAAUUUCAUUUUAAGUGUGCAAUAAAACCAGGAAAUGUUCACGUUUUAUUGUUGAAAGAGCAAAACAUUUUAGAUCCAUUUUUAACUUACAUAAAUGAUUUGACAUCAACUGGGCUGUGCAAUGAUUUGUUUACAAAGGAUGAAUAUUUAGGAAUUUUUUCCUCCAUUAGAAAUCAGAUAAAAUAUUUAAAUAUAGGAGAAAGCAAUGAAGAUGUAUUUAAUUAUUACAUAAAUAAAAUAAGAAAAAAUUUCAAAGUUGCAGUUACACAUUCUCCUAUUAGUAAUUUGUAUAGAGAUCGAUUAACAAAAUUUCCAUCCUUCUUGUCUAAUUUUUCUUUUCUCUAUUUUUUACCAUGGCCAUAUGAAGCAUUAGUAAAUGUAUCCAACAAAUUUUUGAACGAUUUAGAUAUUAAUGAAGAAUUGAAGCAAAGCAUUUGCGAACACAUGGCAUAUGUCCACACGAGUACGAACCAAAUGAAUAAACUUUAUUUAGAAAAGAAAAAUAGACAUAAUUAUGUAAUUCCGAAGACUUUCUUAGAAUACACAUAUUUUUAUAAGAAUUUAUUACAAGUGAAGACACAGCAAAUUGAAAAAUCAGUUGAGAGGUUGAAUAAAGGAUUAUUAGCCUUAACAAGUACUAGAGAAAAUGUUCAAAUUUUAAAAAAAGAAAUAGAAAUAAAAAUAAAAAAUAUUGAGGAAAAAAAAAUCCAAGUGAAUGAAAUUUUAAAUAAAGUAAAAGAAGCAACAGAAAUUACUAAUAAAGAACAAGAAAUUGUAAAUGAAGAGAAAAAGAAAACGGAAAUAUUUACGAGAGAAGCUAUUGAAAUUCAGAUAAAGGCAGAUAAAGAACUGAGUGAAGCUUUACCUAUAAUGAAUAAAGCAAAAGAAGCUGUUAAUUGUAUCACUAAAUCGGCAAUUCAGGAAUUGAAAUCAUUACAGAAUCCACCAAAGGAAUGUCUAGAUGUUACACAUGCAGUGUUAAUCGCUUUAAAAGAAAUAAAAAAUUAUUCUUGGAAAUUUGCACAAAAGAUUAUGAACAAUCCAACUCAAUUUUUAUCAAAAUUACAAAAAUUUGAUGCAGAAAACAUGGAAGAAGAAACAGUAAAUUUGUUAACUCCAUUUAUUGAAAAAAAGUUUUUUAAUUAUGAAAUGAUGAAAACAAAAUCAUCUGCAUGUGCAUAUUUAGCAUUGUGGCUAGUCAACAUUGUUAAAUAUAAUGAAGUAUAUAAAAAAGUAAAACCUUUAAUGGAUAAAUUACAAGAAGCAACAAAUAACAAAAAUAGUGCCCAGGAAAAAUUGGAUCUCUUAGAAAAUAAAGUGAAAGAGUUAACUGAAAGUGUAGAUAAAUUAAGAACCAAAAUGAAUGAAGUGAAUGAAGAAAAAAAUAAUGUCAUUCGAAUUUUUAACGAAUCAAAGGACAAAUUAAACAGAGCAGAAAAUUUAGUUAGCAUGUUAUCAGAUGAGUAUAGUAGGUGGUCAGAUGAAAUUGCAAUAAUCAUUUCGAAUAAGAAAUUUAUUUAUGGAGAUUGUCUACUUCUCUCUUCUUUUAUUACAUACCUUGGAGUUUUUUCAAGUUCUUUUAGAACCAAAUUGUGGAAAAAUUUAUGGUUUGAACACAUCAAAAAAAGUAACAUUCUCAUAAGUGAAAUUGAAUCUCCCAUUGAUAUCAUGGUUCAAGAUAUACAAAUAGCUAGCUGGAAAAAUGAAAAACUACCUGAAGAUAGAAUCAGUAUAGAAAAUGCACUAAUCGUAAGUACGUGCUAUCGCUGGCCAUUAUUAAUCGAUCCACAGUUACAAGGUUUGAAAUGGUUAAAGGAAAAAGGAGGAAACAACAUUACAUGCAUACAAUUUAACAGUGAUAAUUUCAUCGCAAAGGUAAAAAAUGUUAUCUUGAGAGGAGGAUAUCUAAUUAUCGAAAAUGUUAAUGAAGAAAUAGACAAUAUUAUAGAUGGAUUACUAAACAGAGAAUUUAUAAAGAAAGGAAAUGACACUUUUGUCAGAAUUGACAAUGAGGAAAUGCAGUUCAACUAUCCCAAUGCACUUAGUCGAAUUUCGAAAAUUAAGUCCUUUUUCGAAGGUGAUUCUGGGGGGGGUCCCCAGGCUGGCGACAGCAGCGGGGGUAGCGGAGAGGAAGUAGAAGAAGGGGAGGAAGUAGAAGAAGGGGGGGAAGUAGAAGAAGGGGAGGAAGUAGAAGAAGGGGAGGAAGUAGAAGAAGGAGAUGUAGUAGUAGACGGAGAUGUAGUAGUAGAAGUAGAAGAAGGAGAUGUAGUAGUAGACGAAGAUGAGGGAGAAUCUGUGAAGGACGCCAUGAGGGAUGGGGGAGAAAGUGCUGCAAAGCGUGGCGCAGGAAGGGAGGGGGAUGAAGGUGGUGCAUCCACAGGAAGACGAAAAUCGAAUAAGACAAAAAGCGACAGAAAAAAGAGAAGGGGGAAAAUGAAGGUAAAAAAACAUAAUAGAAACAAAAAUGGAGAUAAAUUUGGACAAGAGGUAAUAAAUCCUUUUUCGAAACAAGAGAAUAAUAACAAGUCAUAUGAGAAGAUGAGUAAUUCCCUAAACCUGAAUAAAAGUUUUUCCUGUGAAAGCAUGACAAAGGUAAAUUUUUUUAACCUCAUUUUACAAACCAAGUUAAGUAAUCCUCAUUUCAAACCAGAAGUAAAUAGCCAGUGUACUUUAAUAAACUUUAGUGUUACUUGUGAAGGGUUGGAAGAACAAAUCUUAGCUAUCAUUGUGAAUAUAGAAAAGCCAGAAUUAGAAAAGCAAAAACAGAUAUUAGUAAAAAAUAGAAAUGAGUAUAAAAUAAUUUUAAACAAUUUGGAAGAUGAAAUAUUAUAUCAAUUAUCCACUGCUGAUUCGACAACUAUCAUAGAUAAUAUUUCACUAAUUAACAGUUUGAAGACAACUAAAGACACGUCCAUCAACAUACAAAAGCAAGUAGUAUAUUCUAUUAAGACAGAGAAUGAGAUUAAUAAAACUAGAGAAUUGUAUAGAACUCUCGCUAAUGAAGCUUCAAUCGUAUACUUUAUCCUUAUCCUUAUGCAUAAUAUUAAUUACAUGUAUCAGUACUCUCUGGAUUCUUUCAUUAGUUUGUUGCUUAAGUCAAUUGAGGCUGUAAACACAGGACCAAGAGGAUAUAGAAGUCUAUCUGGUGGUACAUCUAGUGGUAUUGAUGUGAGAAAAGACGAAAUGUCUCUAGAAGGAAUCAGAAGUAACUUGGGUGAUUCUAGAACCUACUUGCAUGAAGACAAUGAAAUGGAAGAAAUGGAUCAUAUAAGCGAAGGAAAAGAAGAUAACCAAGAUGAUGAAAUGGGUGAAGCAAACCUUAGAAGGGAGGAGAAUAAUGCAUAUGAUGAACAUAUGAAUGAAUUAAUAAUAUCUUUCAGAAAAACAAUUUACUCUUGGAUCAACAGAGGAUUGCUGGAAAAGGAUAAGUUGCUGUUUAAUUGCAUUUUCGUUUUCAAAUUAUUGGAAAAAGAAAAGAUAUAUGAUAAAGAUUUUAGUAUGGAUUAUUUGAAUUUUUUUUUAAAGCCACCCAGAAAUAAAGAAGGAAUUGAGAAUCCAUUAAAAGAAUGGUUAUCAGAUGAAUGUUGGAGAAAUGUUUCUGUAUUGUCCGGAUUUAAGGAGUUUGAAAAUUUAACCAAUAAUAUACAUAUAGAUGCACAACAUAAAUUUAAACAAUGGUGUUCAGAAAUACAACCAGAGAUAUGUAAUUUACCCUUGGAGUGGAAAAAAUUAAAAAAUAAUUCAUUUAAAAAAUUGUUAAUAAUAAGAUCGUUGAGACCAGAUAGAAUAACGGUUACGUUGGAAAAGUAUAUAAAAAAUGUUCUACCAAAUAGUGAAGAAAUUAUGGAGAACAAAAAUUCUUUUGUAGAUACAUUAGAAUCUUCAUACAAUUUUAUGAUCAAUUCGACUCCCAUACUUUUCAUAUUAACCCCUGGAUCGGAUUUUAUAAAAUAUGUAGAAUUAUUAGGAAAGAAAAAUAAGUUUUUUCUUAAUCAUAAUUUACAUAUUGUGUCCUUGGGACAAGGGCAAGAGUCCAUAGCUUUAUCAAAACUUGAGUUGUCACACAAGGAAGGGCAUUGGAUAGUAUUAGAGAAUAUUCAUUUAAUGGCCAAAUUUAAUCUCGUUUUAGAAAAUGUAAUUGAUAAAUAUGCAGCAGAGGGUUCUCACCCCAAUUUCCGUCUGUUCUUAACUUCAGAAAUAACGAAAAAUAUUCCCAUAAGUAUACUAGAGAGAUCUAUAAAAUUGACUAAUGAAGCUCCAACUGGUUUUAAGGAAAAUUUAAAAAGAGCAUUUACAUUUUUCUCUUCAGAUGAUUAUGAAGAAAAAGAUUUAAGAACAAAAAACAUUUUAUUUUCUCUAUGUUAUUUUCAUUCUAUAAUAGUAGAAAGAGCGAAAUUUGGUGCUCAAGGGUUUAAUAUAAAAUAUCCUUUCAGCUUAAGUGAUUUACGAGAUAGUGCAAAGGUUUUAUUUAAUUAUUUAGAUAAUCAGAAUUCUAUAAAAGUUCCAUGGAAUGAUUUGAAAUAUAUUUUUGGAGAAAUUAUGUAUGGUGGACAUAUUGUAAAUGAUAAAGAUAUGUUAGUGUGUAAGACAUAUUUAAAUUAUUUCAUGAAAGAACAAUCCUUAGAAGGGAUGCAAUUAAUUCCUUUUUCUAAAAAUAUACAUUUGUUUAGUCCAAAUAAUUAUGCAUAUGAUAAAAUUUUAAAAUAUAUUGACACGCAAAUCGUUGUAGAAUCAUCCAUUUUGUAUGGUCUAAAUCAACAUGCAGAAAUGAAUUUUAGAACAAAUGAAAGUAUAAAAUUAUUAAAAAAUAUUUUUAAAUUAAAAAUGAAAGAAAGUUCCACAUUUGUAGAAGAGUUAACAACUGGAGAAACUUUAGAAGUUCGCACAUUGAACAUUUUAUCAGAAGUAUUGAACGAAAUUGACAAUGUCCAUUUUAAUGUUGAUGAAUUAAUUAAAUCGAUACCAAAUGAUCAAAUUACACCCCUGCAAUAUUUCCUUUUUCAAGAAUGUACAUUAAUGAAUUCUCUUACAAGUAUUAUAAAAAAUUCUUUAAAAGAAUUACAUUUAGCAAUUAAAGGAGAAAUUAAUAUGAAUAGAAAAUUGGAAUCAUUAAUGAAUUCUUUAUAUAAAGAUAAAUUGCCAGAAUUAUGGAAAAAUAAUUCUUAUUCAAGCAACAGAAAUUUGUCUUCAUGGAUUUCAAAUUUGAAAGAACGAAUUACUUUUCUUUCUGAUUGGUUUAAUGACCCACUCAUAACUCCUAAAGUUUUUAACAUUUCUCUUCUCUUCAAUCCAAAUAGUUUCUUCAGUGCAAUUAAACAAAUUUUAUCACGAAACGAAAAAUGCGAGUUGGAUAAAAUUAUUAUGCAAAUUGAAGUAACGAACAAAUCAUUAAACAAUAUUCAUUCUUAUCCCAAAGAGGGGGCUUAUAUAUAUGGUCUAUACUUAGAUGGUGCAAAUUACGAUAUUGAAAAAAAUACACUUUGCGAUUCUUGUUCUAAGCAAAAGUAUUUCCUCAUGCCAGUUAUACAUUGUAAACCUGUUGUAAGUAUGGGGAAAAUAGAAACUGAUGUGUACGACUGUCCUGUUUAUAAAACUGUUUCUAGAGGUCCUACCUACGUCACCAACAUAAAGCUCAAAACCAAGGAAAACGCAGAGAAGUGGAUUCUAGCUGGUGUUUCUCUUAUACUGGAUAUUGCUGAUGAGUAA